AGAAAGAAAGAAAGUAGCUUCAGCAGCCAGCACUUAUGAACAAGAAAGAACCUGCGAAGCUGAUUGAAUUCGUGAUUUUUACAAAGAAAUUGUCGAACGAACGGUGAAAGAAGAUAAGAAAACACGACAGCGAAUAGAGAAAUGGGCCUUUUGUUUAGUAGAAUGUUCUCUUCUUUAUUUGGUAAUCAAGAAGCUCGAAUCCUAGUCCUCGGUCUCGACAAUGCUGGCAAAACCACCAUUCUUUAUCGGCUUCAAAUGGGAGAGGUAGUCUCCACGAUCCCAACAAUUGGGUUCAAUGUGGAAACUGUACAGUAUAACAACAUUAAGUUCCAAGUGUGGGAUUUAGGUGGACAAACAAGUAUCAGGCCAUAUUGGAGGUGUUAUUUCCCAAAUACUCAAGCUGUAAUUUAUGUGGUAGAUUCAAGUGACACGGAAAGAAUUGGAAUAGCCAAAGAAGAAUUUCAUUCAAUUUUGGAGGAGGAAGAGUUGAAAGGUGCAGUUGUCCUCAUUUUUGCAAACAAGCAGGAUCUCCCUGGUGCACUUGAUGAUGCUGCUGUGACUGAGGCAUUGGAGUUGCACAAAAUAAAAAGUCGCCAAUGGGCCAUCUUCAAAGCUUGCGCCACAAAGGGUGAAGGUCUCUUUGAGGGUUUGGACUGGUUGAGCAACACUCUCAAGUCAGGAGGUGGCUAACUUUGUUCAAGGAAGUCCCAGAACGAGCGUAAUCUCAUGUACAAAAUGCUGGAGCAGUAAAUAUCAUUAUCCCUUAUUCAAACUCCGCACCGAUCGGACUUCUCAAUUUCUUACUUUCAUUUGGAGCUUAAAGUACUGGCAUACAUAAUGAUUUCGGGGAAAGUGAUGCAAAUAUACAUAAUUUUCUUGUAAUACUGCUUUAACACAAUACACUAUGGGCUGCUACCUUUAUUUUUGUGUUGUUCCUUCAAUUCAGUCUCUGUUAAGUUCGGAGGGCCUUUCUUCUUUA